AUGUCAAGUCUACUGAACUAUGUUCAAACGAAAACCAGACCUCCAGGCUCCUCCGAAGAUCAGGAAGAAGGAGACCGACCCUUUACAUUUCUAUCUAAGGCAACGCGACAAAAGCUCGAGGCGAGGAGCGCUAAAGAUGGGAAUCGCUCGUCCGUUUCCGUCCGCGAAAGCUCGAGACUGAAUAUCCGCAUCACUAAGAAGCGCAAAAGCGUCGGGAAACCACUCGGCUUGAAUCUGGUUACGGAUUUCAGCUUGGCGCCGGCGCCGAGGAAACAGUCGAUUCCGGAUACAAAUGCGGCUGCGCCCUUUGUCGAUCUGAAUGACCUCAAGCUGCUUUCCAAAGUGCGGGAGAAGGAACGCUCGGCUCAGAAGUCAAGGGAGAUCUUUAAGAAGAGGACUUCACGGGGCUUUCAGCGGUUAUCUGAGACGGUGCAGAGUCAGAACAGCCAUAAUGAAACUGGAACGUUCCUUGCUGCCAAAGAUGAAGAUACGUUCCACGAUAGACAGCAGCAUGUAAUCUCACCCUCAGACCGCCAUGUCAUGAUCGGACUCACUGUGCCUCGCAGCGAGUCGGUGGAAAGAUCACAAGAGCACGACGGUGCAGGCACGCCGCUCACACCCUCGAUUAUCGUCACGCCAGCGAGAGGAGAUGCACCAUGGAACGCACACUCAAACUCGAGCACCGAGAUGCUCCGACCAAGAGCAACAUCAAGCAUCUACUCACAGCCCACACCCCGUCUCUGGCAAUAUGAAGCAGACGUGCCACCCGUGCCAGCCAUCCCCGCCCAGCACUCAGCUGCUACCAAAACCCCUAUCCCAGAGACCGGAUACCACAAUACACUAGGCGUAGAUCGGAACGCGCGCGCCCUGUCAACAGCCUCAAUCUGGGAAGAUGCCAGUCCACCCCGGACACCAGAAACAGUACGCCCGCCCCCAAAGCACCAACAAGGCCGUCUCAGCGUCAACACCCAAGCAGACGAAAACAGACCCUAUUCACAAGGCUGGUGGACAUAUCUCCUCUCGCCUCUUCUAGGCCGGUCCAUAAAAUCCCCACUCAGCCCAUCUUUCCCACAAGACUCACCCUCAACCCCAUCAACAACAACAACCACAACCCGCCCAGGCCCGAAAGAAUGGAUCCGGCGCGAGAAAGAAAUCUCCUGUUUCUCACCAGAUACACCAGAAACCGCCGCACCGACCGGGGAAAAGGCAUUCGAGAUAUCCCGAUCCUUCGAACCAGAGCAAUAUCAAUACCAAGCUCAAGCUCAAGCCCAAGCCCCCGAACGCCAUCAAUCCCCACCACCUGCAUACGUCUCAAACGUCUCAACCAGACACAACACCAUGUCCUUCAUGUUCAGCAACAACCAAACAAUCCAAGGCGAAGCCGCCGAGUACUACCAAGCCUGCGCACACGAGCUAUUUAGCAAAACGCCGUACUUCGCAUGCGUCAACCACGUGUGCUCGAUAACGCCCGCGAACCCGGGUUCGAUGCCAGCGGGUGCUACAAACGGGACUGAAGAUGGUAGUCGAGAACUUGCGUUUGCAGAUGGGGAGCCCGGAGCUGAUCUUGAAGGGACGCGCGGAAACCAGACUCCAGUUCCGUCGACGACAUCGACGAAGAACACAGGCCUGCUUAUUGAUAUUGACUCGCCUCGUUCGCGGACGUCGACGAUUCCGGCUGGGUACGCGGUUCGCGCGAAGGAGGUGCAGGUGUUGUCGCCGGCGUCGGAGUUCAGUUCGAAUUCGUGGGAUUCGUCCGUUGUUGAUGAGGAUGGGGAUGAGAAGGGGUCUGUGGCGGCAAAUAGUGCUAGGGAUGGUGUUUCUGGGUCUCGGUGUCAGUGUGGUGCUUCGCAUCCUGAUCCUGUUCCUGUGCCUGUUGCGGAUCCUGUUGCAGCGCCUGUAGAGGUGACUGACAGACAGGUCCAGGAGCCGGCGCCUGCACCUGCACCUGCGCCGGCUCCCGCUCCGAUUCCUAUUCCUAUGCCUGAGCCAGCUCUUGCACCUGCCCCUGCGCAGGCUUCUGCGCCGGCUCCUGUUCCUGAGCCAGCUUCCGCUCCCCCUCCUGCCCCUCUUCCUAUGCCUGAGCCAACUCCCGCUCCUGCUCCCCAGAUAAUCACUAACAUCUCACCCCCUGUUACUAAUAUCCAUUAUACUUCGCCUGCACCGCAGCCUCAGAUACAGCCUGUGCAACCAGCAGUGCAAUAUGUGCCGAUCUUCGCACCGCAGGCUGCACCAACGGAGCCGAUAUUGCAACAGCCACAGCCGCAGCCGCAGGAAAUGUCGCGAGGAAUCGAGGAUCCGAUGGUCCAGCCACCCCCUCAAGUCGCAACACCGAGGUCAGAAUGGCCAUGGGGACAACGAGGACCGCAAGAGCAACCACAGGUUCAACCGCCAUCUACCCAUCAACAAGCUUCUGAUUUUGAAUGGGCAUAUGGACAAGGACAGCCACGAGAACCUUCUGUUACACAAGGAUCUUCUAGGGGAUCUCAUGUGUCAAAUGGACAAACUCCUCCCCAGACACGACAGGCAACUUAUGGUUAUGCAAACCAGCCUCGAGGGCCACUUGUUAUCCAAGGACGGCAAUCUGGGUCUGGGUGGCCGUUUAGUGCAAGCGCACACCCUCACUCGAAUGCACCGCCUGUACCGCCUGUACCACAAACCCAGCCUACUGUUCGACGCCAGGCGUCCUCGGCUCAGGAUCGCCAGCAUGUGUCUGACGAGCCGCAAGCAGAACGAGGAUUAUCUGAAGGAUCUGAACUCGCCCCUCAACGACCUUCACAUGCUUCUGAGCCUAUCUCUCCCGGUUUCCAGCGCGCCGCGGGCGGACCUGGCUCGAUACCAAUGUCGGAUAUGGAGGCACCGGCUCCUGCAUACACGCAAUAUCCUCGAGAAGCUGCUCUACCCCAUCGCUAUGAUACGCAGCCAAGCUACAAUCAAGAUCCUGCAGCUGGAAUUACGAGCGUCAACCCAAGCGGCGCCAUAGGACCCCAUGAGGCUCGACGCCGCAGACUGGAAAAGGAAGAAGCCACCGGCCGAAGGGUUUGUGGUUUCUGGCGUGGCCGGGGUCCAUUCAGCAAGAAAACGGGACGUCCAGGGCGCGAGGGUCGUACUCGACGGAGAUGGUAUUUCCUGAUCUGCGUUUUCUUGUUCAUUAUCGUGAUCUUAGCUACUGUUCUAUCGAUCACCCUAACAAGGAAAGGAGCCGAUACUCCCGUUCAAUCACAGUGGCUGAACCUAACAGGCUAUCCGCCCAUGCCGACUGGCAUUGCAACACUCGCUGGGACGCAGCCACAGCUUGAAAGAUCGACCUGCAUCACUCCCUCCUCGAUGUGGAGUUGUGCUUUGCCCAAAGGCCAGCAGAAUGCCAAUGAGCCGUAUAAUGCGAACCAGCCAAAUUUCCGUGUUUCCAUCCGCUUCCGCAAUGGCACAUACGAUAACAGUACCACGGUUAGCUCGAAUAUACGUGUUAGGAGUGAUAACCUCUUCAAUUCAUCCCCGGCAGCCCCAAGCGAUGCAGAGCAGAGCUUCCUCGGCCAAUACACAGACAACAAUGCCGCACCCUACGCCGGCGAAGAAACCCCCUUCUACAUGUCCCUCCUCUCACCAGUCUCCCUCUCCUCGGCAAGCAUAUUCCGCCGCUCAGACAGCACCAACGGCACCGCAUACCCGAACAUCUCAUCGAUAAUCCCGGCACCGGAAGAAAACGCAGACGGAACCCCAUCCGCAGCAAUGCUGUACCCACUCCCUUCAUCCCAGCCAAUCCGCCUCUACAACCGCGGUCUCGCAACCGAGCACUACGGCUUUUACAGCUACUUCGACAAAUCCAUAUUCCUAACCUCUCAAACGAAAUCCUCAGCCGCGGACACAAACGGCGGGAGCACAAAAGCCGACGCACGCUACCGAUGCACAUGGUCCCAAACGCGGUUCCUCGUCCAAGUCUGGACGCAACCAGAUAAAAUCGGCCGCCAACUCCUCCCACAAUCCAACAGCACAGCAAAUAGCACCGCCACCUCCUCCGCAGCACCGACAUCAACAUCCACUAACACCCCUACAUCUUCUUCCUCCGCAACAGACUUCUCCCGGCCAGGCUCAUUUCCAUACCCGGUAACCAUAACCGUGGACCGGCACGGCGGAGCCGAGAAAAAGAAAAUGGUAUACUGCUACCCGCUAGAAAACGACGGGCAUUACAAUAUCACUGCCGUGCAGCUGCAGCUCGAGGACCGCUCUAUCGGCGGCAACCUUGUUAAUCCGGCUGCGGGACUAUUCAAGGGUCUUGAUGAGACGAAGAAUGCUACGACUGAGGUGUACGGCGGUGUUGAUGGUGGUGAUGGGGGGUGUGGGUGUCAGUGGGUGAAUUGGAUUUCGAGUGUGUAG